UAAAAUUAUUUCAGUAUAAAAAGAAAUGUAUAACAGGCCAGAAGUUAUUUUUAAAACAACAGCCUUUGAAGUGACCAGUCGUCUGAGAUGAGAUUUGCCGUGAUUUGUUUGGUUUUGUCGUUGGUUCUAGUAUGCAACGGUCGGCCAAACGACUAUGACAUAAAACAAACAGCUAUUGGCAAGGAGUCUGCCAGCAAUGUCGCUAUCAUCAGUGAUGGGGGACAACCAGAGCCUCAAGGUGCAGGGUCUCCGUGCUGUCAGGAUCCAUGCGAGAAGCCGGCUAAACCGAAAAAACACAAGAGCAAACCAAAAAAAAUACCUUGUUAAUUAUCCAAUCGAUAAUUGAAUCAUUUUAAAUUUUAAAAGGGAACCCGGAUUAACAUGUAUUCGUAAGACUUCAAAAAAAAAGUUUUCAAUUCAAGUGUGACCAGCUACAAUUGUAUUUUAUUUUAAUAUUAAUUACAUGAUUAUUCUGGCAGUUGUAAACCGAUUUGUAAAAUUCCUUUUCUAUCUGUAAGAAUAUCCUUAUAUAUUGGUCUCAUAGAAAUUAUAUCAAAAUUGGUUUAUUAGUUUAGUUUUUAAAUCAAAAUAAAUGGUUUAUUUCGUGGAACAUAAUUUACUUAUAGUCGAGAAUGCUCGACUAGUUCCUGACUAUCCGGAACUCGCAUCAUGGCCGCUCAUGACUAAAGGACGCAAUCCGGGUGUUUAUAUAUUAAAAUAUAAUGUACGCUUACUAAACUUUGAAUAGUAAAACAUUUUAAAAAAAAAUCUUUUUUCAACCGAUAUCAAAUUUUCAAUUUUGUUGUGUUUUUAUUAUUUGUUACUUCAUAACUCCGUCAGUUAUAAAUCAAUUUGGAAAAUCCGAUUUCUAUCUGAUCUUUUAGAUCCCAUUGACCAUCUCAUUGCCCAUGGUCCCAUAGAACUUUUAUUAAAAUUCGGUUCAAUAGUUUACUUUCUGAUUUUGCCAUAACUGAAGUCGUUUUUUUUUUUUGGAAUACACAAUUUACUUAUAGUCGAGAAUGUUCGACUAGUUCCUGACUAUCCGGAACUCGCAUCAAAGCCGCUCUAAGGAACUUUUAAUCCGGAUGUGUAAUAUAUACUAAUGAAUCUUUUAACAAUAAAGAAUUUUAAACUA